CAGAAAAAUCAUCUCCUUGGCUGUGAUUGUGUCUCUUCCCGGGCUGCCUGGCGAUGGUGGCUGCGCUGCUGUGUGGGCGCAAUCCUGGCGCGACGCGCGGCUGUCUGUGUGUGAAUGUCUCAGCGCUCUGCCCGUCUCCUAACUGGUGUGCGUUUGUUGCAGGCUAUCCCCGCCAUGUCACUGACCCCCCCGAACAGUAACGAUGCCUGCCUGAGCAUUGUUCACAGUCUGAUGUGCCAUCGGCAGGGGGGGGAAAAUGAGGGCUUCGCCAAGCGAGCCAUCGAGAGUCUGGUGAAGAAGCUGAAGGAGAAGAAGGACGAGCUGGACUCGCUCAUCACUGCCAUCACCACCAACGGCGUUCACCCCAGCAAAUGCGUUGCCGGUAGAAAGGGUUUCCCUCACGUAAUUUAUGCCCGCUUGUGGCGUUGGCCAGACUUGCACAAGAAUGAACUAAAACACGUCAAGUUUUGCCAGUACGCCUUUGACCUGAAGUAUGACAGCGUGUGUGUGAAUCCAUACCACUAUGAGCGGGUGGUUUCUCCUGGCAUUGGUCUGAGUAUCCCGAGUGCAGCCACACCGUGUCGGUCUGUAAAAGAGGAGUUUUCCCAUGACUGUGACAUGGAUGUUCCUUCGUGCCUCUCGACACCUCAAGAGCUCCAGCCGCCUAUCAAACGCCCUUCCUUACCUCAAAUGGCACCUUCGGAUGGCUACAGACCAUCUCUACCGCCUCUAACGCUCCCCAAAAGCCCUCAGACGAAUGUUGGCAUGUACGCCAACAUGCCCAUGUCACCAUCUGUACCUCCUGGUUGCCCUCUGCCUCCUCUCACACACGGUGAAGGCCUGAUGACGAUAGCUCCUCCCCAGCAAAUGGUGUCCACCUCUCCUCCUUCCACCCCGACUCAGAACCCCCAGAGUAAUGGUUACCCGUCACCACCCAAGCAGCCCUACCACACUUCCUGGACAGGAAACAGUACGGCGUCGUAUACACCCAAUCCAACGCAACCUAACGGGAGAGGAAGCCAACAGGCACCGCUUCACCAUCCCAACCAGUACUGGCCCAUCCAUCAGAGUUCUCCCCAGUACCAGCACCCUGUUUCCAAUCACCCAGGUCCGGAGUUCUGGUGUUCCGUCGCUUACUUCGAAAUGGACGUUCAGGUCGGAGAAAUUUUUAAAGUGCCAGCGAACUGCCCCGUGGUGACGGUGGACGGAUACGUAGACCCGUCCGGAGGGGACCGAUUCUGCCUGGGGCAACUGUCCAACGUGCACCGUACUGACACCAGCGAGCGGGCCAGGCUUCACAUCGGAAAGGGCGUUCAGCUGGAGUGCCGGGGGGAGGGCGACGUCUGGAUGCGCUGUCUCAGCGACCACGCCGUUUUCGUGCAGAGUUACUACCUGGAUAGGGAGGCGGGCCGAGCCCCGGGGGACGCCGUGCACAAAAUUUACCCCGGAGCCUAUAUCAAGGUGUUCGACUUGCGGCAAUGUCACCGCCAGAUGCAGCAGCAAGCGGCAACGGCGCAGGCGGCGGCAGCAGCUCAGGCUGCGGCUGUGGCUGGGGCCAUCCCUGGUCCUGGGUCUGUGGGUGGAAUCGCACCAGCCGUCAGUCUGUCAGCAGCAGCCGGGAUUGGCGUGGAUGACCUCCGCCGUCUCUGCAUCCUGCGCCUCAGCUUCGUCAAAGGAUGGGGACCGGAUUACCCGCGGCAGAGCAUCAAGCAGACCCCGUGCUGGAUAGAAGUUCACCUGCAUCGAGCCCUGCAGCUCCUUGACGAAGUUCUCCAUACGUUGCCAAUGGCCGACCCCAAUUCGGUCAACUAGUGAAGGCCGGUAAAGCAUGGACAGUAUUGUACGAGCCUUUCAUCUCUACCCCAUGAUGUUUUUCUGGGUUCUCUGGAGUCAA